GAGCGGCGGAAAGGGGGUGGUUUGUAGGGGAGCGGAGAAACAGCAGCUGCUCAAAGCAUUCUUUUUUAAAAGGGGUGGGGGAAGUCAUGCACUCAUUGCAAGGGAAUUUGCAGCCAUGCAAUGCGCUCAGACCUGGAUCACUCCUUUCCCUUCCUAAACAACGCAGGAGUGAAAGCCUGACCUCUCACCCAGCAUGAAGAGGUGCAAAUCAGAUGAGCUGCAGCAGCCAGACGAAGACUCCGUUGGGACUGAAGAUGUCCCCAUCCUGGCUACCAUGGAUGUCAAGCCUGGGGAUUCAGCUGCUGCCCUGUCAGAUGUGGGUGCAUCUAACCCAAACCCAGCACACCAUCUUGUUAGUCGGAGCAAGCCUCCUGAUUUAAAGAAGAUUCAACAGAUGUCUGAGGGAUCUAUGUUUGGCCAUGGCCUCAAGCAUCUUUUCCACAGCCGCAGACGGUCCCGAGAACGGGAGCACCAGAACUCACAGGAGUCGUCGCAGCAGCAACAUGGCAUGUCAGACCAUGAUUCCCCUGAUGAAAAAGAGCGCUCUCCUGAGAUGCACCGUGUCUCCUAUGCCAUGUCUCUCCAUGACCUCCCAGCUCGCCCCACUGCCUUCAACAGGGUGUUACAGCAGAUCCGUUCCCGUCCUUCCAUCAAGAGGGGGACCAGUUUGCACAGUGGCAGCCGCCGAGCCAAGAGUGGCUCCCUGGAACCUCAAAAAAGCAGCCCACACCUUGUCCGCAAGGCUCCCCAGGACAGCAGUCUCACAGCAAUAUUGCACCAACACCAAGGUCGGCCAAGAUCUUCAUCCACCACGGACACUGCUAUUCUUAUGGCUGAAAGUGGGACUGUGUAUCUUCUAGCAGAAGAGUCAGAAUGCCUCGUUGACAAGUUGGAUAAAGGGGACGUGAGCCAACUCAGCCUGCCUUCCAAUACAAGCCAUGGUGAUUCUGAUGGCAACAUCUGUCUUGAUGUUCCUGAUGGCAAUCCAGACCCACAGAGGACAAAAGCUGCCAUUGACCAUCUGCACCAGAAGAUCCUCAAGAUCACUGAGCAAAUAAAGAUUGAGCAGGAGGCACGAGAUGACAAUGUGGCCGAGUAUCUGAAGCUAGCAAACAAUGCCGACAAGCAGCAGGCCUCUCGUAUCAAACAGGUCUUUGAGAAAAAGAACCAGAAGUCUGCUCAGACCAUUGCCCAGUUACAUAAGAAACUUGAGCAUUACCACAAAAAGCUAAAGGAGAUUGAACAAAAUGGACCCUCACGCCAGCCCAAAGAUGUCUUCCGGGACAUGCACCAGGGCCUCAAGGAUGUAGGGGCCAAUGUCCGUUCCAGCAUCAGUGGCUUUGGAGGUGGUGUGGUGGAGGGUGUCAAGGGUGGACUGUCAGGUCUUUCCCAAGCCACACACACAGCUGUGGUCUCUAAACCCCGUGAGUUUGCUAGCUUGAUCCGGAACAAAUUUGGUAGUGCAGACAACAUUGCCCACUUGAAGGACACAUUGGAUGAUGGGCACCCUGAAGAGGCCUCACGGACUCUGAGUGGCAGUGCCACCCUGGUGUCUAGUCCCAAAUAUGGCAGUGACGAUGAGUGUUCCAGUGCCACCUCUGGCUCAGCACCAGGGAGCAACUCUGGGGCAGGCCCUGGUGGCUUGGGCAGUCCCAAGUCUAACACCUUGGACAGUCACCACUAUAAUUUUGAUACCAUCAUAGAAGAGCUGAGGGAGAUUAAGGACAUUCAGUCACACCUUGAGGACUCCAUGGAAGACCUCAAAGCCCAGUUACAGCGAGACUAUACAUACAUGACUCAGUGCUUGCAGGAGGAGCGUUACAGAUAUGAGCGCCUGGAAGAGCAGCUGAAUGACCUGACAGAGCUUCACCAGAAUGAGAUGACCAAUCUCAAGCAGGAACUCGCCAGCAUGGAGGAGAAGGUGGCUUACCAGUCUUAUGAACGGGCCAGAGAUAUUCAGGAGGCGGUGGAAUCAUGCCUGACUCGUGUCACCAAGCUGGAGCUUCAGCAGCAGCAGCAGCAAGUGGUGCAGCUGGAAGGGGUGGAAAAUGCCAAUGCCCGGGCCCUGUUGGGCAAAUUCAUCAAUGUCAUCUUGGCCUUGAUGGCUGUGCUGCUGGUCUUUGUCUCCACCAUUGCCAGUUUUAUCACUCCUCUGAUGAAGACUCGCAUGCGUCUCCUGAGCACGACUCUGCUCAUUCUUUUCCUCUUUCUCCUCUGGAAGCACUGGGACUCCCUCACCUAUCUCCUGGAACACGUGCUGCUCCCUAGCUGAUUUCCCUGCCAGCCAGAUGCUGGGGCUUCUGGGGUGUGUUUCUUCUUGUGUAGGAAGGGCAGAAACGAGGAGACUUCCAGUUCCGUUUCUUUGUUCAUUUGAAGUAUGUAAUCCUCACCUGCUUCCCCGACACAGUCAUCUUUAUUCAUGUCCAACAUCAUCUCCGCCGUAGGGAGUGUAGUUGCAUCAGAGUUUGUGAGAGAUCGAGCAAGCCUCUCCUCUGAGAUGCUUUUGCAAAGGUUUGUGGGGAGGCAAAGGAAGUCUGUAAAGAGCUCCUUCCGUGGCACCUUAGACUUUCUUUAAAGCAGGCAAAGCAGUGGGGAUGGCAAAGCUUUGUAUGAAGACCAGUAUGGUCAUCUUUAGAGAGCGUUUGUUUUGUUUUCUUUCUUCUUGAGAAAAACGAUGAAAAUUUCAUUCCUGGGCACAGCGACAAAGAUUCAACGCUGAAGAGGAACAUUUUUUUUGAAAAUUCCUGCCCCUUAGAAACAUGCACAGAAUUGAAGGAAUAGAACGUACAUAUCACACCAGCUUAUCCAAGCCACAUGGAUACUUACUUUCCAUUCCUGUAGAACAUCUGAGAUGCCAGAAGUGUAGCUGGACAUUGUCUUAUCAUGGAUUUGUCAUACUAACAGAUUGUUUUACCAGUUCACUUAUGCCCAAUGGAGACAGGAUCCAAGGAGAAAGCACCUGCCAAUCUGGUGCAAGCUCAACACUUUGGUUGGCGUUGUUUUCUUUCUUCUUUUUGCUUUUAUUUGAUCUCUUCAGGGACUUACAAGAAAUUCUGACAUUGCAUCUGCGAAUCUUACAAUCUUUGCAAGUGUGUGUGUGUGUGUGUGUGUGUGUGUGUGUGUGUUAAUGUAUUGAUUUAACAGUUCUGUUUCCUUUUCUGAAUCCAGCAUUGGGUAAAAAUUCAGCUGCCUUCACAUCUCCCUCAUCCCUAGAGAAAACACAUCACGAAGAGGGUUCUUUGAUGCUUUAAUAGCACUGAAUCCUCAGUCUGUGCAAAUACGUGAGUCUCCAGUUGAUUUUAGCAAUGCUUCAUCAAUUGUACCAGCAGAGAAUUUGCCAAUUUCUUGCUCAAAGAUGCAAUCCUCCAUCUCUGCAUACUUGAUUGAUGUUGUUAAAAGAAUGUUGUUGUGGCUGGACAAAGUUCAUAGGAUGUAUGAUCAAACCCUUCAGUGAAGAUUUUCUCACAAAAGGGAAAGGAACUGGUCACCUCUCUCUCUUAUCGGUCUUGCUGGGUUUCUCCAGUUUUCAUUACAUUACUCACACCAUUUUAUUUCAUAGCACAGCUGUCAGGACAUGAGACUUUUUUUUAAAGCUUCAAGUAAAAUGAUCUGCCUGAAGAAUUCAUACCUAGUAAUAUCUUAGUAUUUGUAAAAAUAUAAUUACUCCUGCUAGCAAAAGAAGGGCUUGAUUGUAAGUUAGACUCAGGAGGUUAUUCAAGGGAUGCUGCAAGUGACUGGACUAGAAUUAUUUUAUUUAAUACGAAACUCAGGCUGGAUCUACAUGUGAAGUAGUAGAGUCCUGAGCUGGUAUAAUGGAUGUACCACCUCAUACUCAGGAUGGCAGGUGGAAUGUCACAUUUUUAAAUGAUUGUUUAUGUUUAAAAGCAAAAAAAGGCGGGGGGAGGCCUCCCUGCAAGUAGAAAACUAGUAUACCCAGAAGAGGGUGGCAAUAGAAGAAUCUUUCUCCCUCAUGUGCUAGUGUUUCUACUUGUAAGAAGGUUACUCCUUUACAUAGGGUUUUCAAAAACCGUAUCCCUCACCUGCGGUCUGAAGUGGUACAGUCCCUUCUCAGAACGUUUUGACUUUAUUAUGUUACUUGUGUAGAUUUGGCCUUGCAUAUGCUGAGAAUAUGCUUGUGCAAGUUUUGCAUUGGUGAGAACUCUGGGCAGAUGCCAAAUGGGUUAUGAGGAAAGGAAAAGAAAGGAAAGGUGGAUUUAGGCCAGGAAGUACUAGUGUCUUGUAUGUUCUGUAGCUGUUGAAACCCGUAAGAAAAUGCACUUUCUGACACUUUCCAUCUCAUGCAAAUGUCUGGGGUGUGAGUUUGUGGAAUCCAAAAGAAUUGUCUAAUUCUGCAUAGGACAAGAUACUUAAUAGUUGUGCAGAAGGGAGAAUUUUGGCAGCAGCACUUUCUAUCCCCAUAACGCUACAAAAGGAGAAACUUCACUUGCUUGACUUGUUCCCUUCAAUGAUUCAAAGCAGAGUAACCCUGUCCUGUGUUAAGAGACAGAGUGGUGACCUGCUUCUCCCUUCAUCCUUGCCCUUUCUAUAACUUAUUUGCAAGUUUGCAUUUUAUUAUGCAAAAUAAACAAUUUUUGAUUUUAGUAGAGUUAAUGAGAGGUAGAGUGACCAGUUUUCAAAAUUCAGAUACAUGUCCUUGGCUGUGAGAGCCUGCAUUUUGCUCACUCCUAGAAGUGGCGAGAAGUGAUUUAAGGUUAAGGCUAAAACUACUGAACCUCAGGAGUAGAUCUCCAAUACCAUGGUGGUAUGUUGGCCUGAGAUUAAGCCUCUAGAAUGCACUGCAUUUCCCCCCAGAUGGCCUCUGUUGGCAAAAUUCCGUCAUAUAUAAAUUCUGUGAUCUACUCUGAACAAAGCCUGGCAAUGUGAAGACCCUCAGCCUUCUUUUUUAUCUAUUUUAUUUUAUAUAUUUUCCUAAAGAGUAAUAAAAUCAGCCUCCUGUUCUGACUGGUUAUGGAUGGAGCUGGUUUUCUAGUGUAAUGUGCAUGGAUAAUUUAUAAUGUCAGGAUGAGUGUUGGAUGAGUUGGAUAGGCCUCAGCUGCAAUUGUACUACCAAUAUAAGGCCUUUUUCAGAGUGUGAAUUAGUAAAACAGCUUUUAGCUACAAACCACAAAGAAAAUGUAAAGGUGUGUGCAAGAUUAGGGCUUUAUCAGCACAGGCCUGCAAUACUAGCUCUGAUCCAGCUCCCUGGUUUCAAACAAUGAAUAGGAAGGGCAGUUUUGCUACAGUGGGGCAGACUUAUAGAGCUGAAGGCCUAGAGAUGCUUCUGUUGACAACUUCAAAAAAAAAUAGGGCUAGGUGGGGGCUCCCAUGCUGGAUUUGCACAGCAGGAGAGGAGCAUAGCAAGCAAGGAUUCUUAUUAUCUUUCAUCUUUUUGGUUUUACUUAUAGGCUCUUUGUGCCCAUAGAUUAUCUCUCCCCUGGCCCCACUUUACUUGUUUUUGAUGUGAUUGAUUAUUUUUGAAUAGUAUUCUCAAAUAUAGACUGGUGGAAGAAGGGCUGAGUCACUUUCCCAAGUUGGUGAGCACCAGAAGCAAGCAAUUGCAAUAGUCCUUUGUGGCCUUAGAAUCAUGAUCUCAUGAUUUAUUUACCAAUCUAAAUUCAGCUGACAUAGUAUCUUUCCCCAUUCCCCUUCCCUACCUUCACUAGAGUAAGUGUGACACAUGGCCACAUACUGUGUUUCACUAGAAGCAUACAUCUAAAUUUGUUUAGGACUGUCUGGUGCCAUUGGUCAUACCCAUUGUAUCCACAUGUAUGGAGGAUUCAUAUAUCCACCACUGACAUUUGACACUUGAUGGGUGCAGUCACUUGCUGCACUACCCUGGCAGAAGCGGUGCUUGAUCUGCCCUGCAUUCAUGACUGGAAAAUGGCAGUUGGCAUCUUCACUUGAUCACUGCAAUCAUAUAAAUUAAGCCCAUGAUAGCAUGAAAGAUGUUUCUUGUGAAUUGGCUGCUAGUGGCUCCAUAUCCACUGUGUAUAGAAAAACCACGAGGCUUGAAUUAUGGCAGGCUUGAAUUUGCAAGCUUGUGGUCUUCUAUCACAGUGGAAGCCCAAGCCCAUUCCGUGGCAUAACCUUUCCUGAUUCUGUUUGACUGUAUUUAUUAUGUAUGCUUGAAACUUGUCCUCCUCCCCCACCCUUUGAUAUUACAUUUAUUUCCCACUGGGAAGCCCAUACAAAGGAAUCUCUGAUUUCAUUUCACUAUAUUUUUCCAUUCACUUUUUCAAAUAAAAAGAGUUUUAAAAGACUGGCAAAAGAAAAGUGAUUCAUUCUUACCUCCGGUGGUAGCCAGCAUUUACAAAAGAGGAAGAAAACACACUGCAGUACACUUCUCUGAAAGCAACAGGUGAAAGAUGGGAAGAACUUACACAUUGCCACUCUCAUGUGGAAGGGCAAGCCUGUGUGUAUUCCAGGUGCCCGAGAUCGUACUCUGUGGGCGCAUGGGAUCUAUUAUCUGGCAUAGAAACUCAGCUUUAUUUGGGGGAGAAAAGGCAAGCUUCUAGGUGUAGUGCAUAGGCAGGGAACAUCCAGAAGCCAAAAAUGCUGAGUAGGACUUCCAGUGGUCAGGGGAAUUAGAGUUUCCGUUCACUGGAUAGCUUUUUGUCCCUCCCCAAGGUUAGCUGAAGCAGAAUAAAUAAUGCAUUUACUUAACUUGCAUAAUACAUGAAUGUUGACAUAUCACACAUUGGUAGUGAAUAAGAAAUGCAACCCUGGCUGAGAUUGCAGAAAUCCCAUGUGGUACAGUCAUAAGUGCUGUCCCUGACCUGAAGCUCAAGAUGGCCGCUGAGAGAGAAAGAGAAGUGAAGAAUUGGGGGUAUGAAUGACAUGAAAGAGCAGUGCUCAAAUGGUGUGCAGAGCAGAGACGGAGGGGGAGGGAGGAGGCCCUUCAUGAACUCCACAAGCCCCACCCCUUGACCCCCCCAUCAGUUUGAGCCAAAUAAUGCCCCGCCGUACCCUACUAAAAGCCGUAGCUAAGCAAACCCUCACAAAACAAGGAAACAGGAUUCCCCCUAGUCCCUCCGCUGUAUUUUGAGCACUAAGAAAAGACUGCUGCAUGGAUGCAGAGGUUUUUUUGAAGUAUGUUGCCAUUGUCACAGAAUGGGGCAGAGUGUGAAAAGGAUUUGCAUGCCAUUGAUCUGCCCAGUCCUUAUAAAAAAAGACCAGCCCUGGGAAUGGGGUCAUCGUUCAAUAAUAGAGCAUUUGUUUUGCAUGCAGAAGGUCACAGGUUCAAUCCCUGUUGAGCUGUUCCCAGUCAGUAUAGCCAAUACUGAACUAGAUGGACCCAUGGUGUGACACAGUAUAAGGCAGUUUCCUGUGUUCUUGCGAUUCAGUCUAUCUUGAUGUGCUGGACCACCAAUAAUCUUGUCAUGGGCCCUAUCCAGAAGAAUCCUUUCACUGCAGCUUCUAAGGAAUAAUUUAUGUGCAACUGGGUUUUCCCCCUUCAUUUGUAUAACUGGAAAUUCCUCAAUUCUGAUUUUUAAUUAAUGACAUGUUUCUCUGCAGACUGCCUUGUCCCACUGAAGAACAUUCAUAUUGCUCUGCAGUUCAGCUAAAUACAACGGCAAAGAAGAUUGGUGGAACUAGGCAGCAAGGCUAGUCCUGUGCAAGGGUGUUUGGAAUAUUGGGGUCAGUGCUGGUGGUAAGCCGCAAUGGGAGUGUGAACUAUUUUUAAGCCACUGGAAAGUGAUAGGGUCUCCUGAUGCCCAGAUUGGAUUUCACCUCUCUGCACUUGACCCAGUGAGACACUAAAUUAAUGUGAAAUAGAAGCCCAGGGAACAAAGUGAUUCGGGCAUGAAUGAUUCUAGGCAAAUUAUAGGCUUUGUAGCUGUGGGUGGUCAACACUACUGCCCUCUGGAUGUCUUCAAAGUUGGCGGUAAGAAUGUGGGUUAGUCUGCAGGGCAUUUCGCAUGAAUAUUAUUGAAGCCCUAUAGAAAGUGGAAGACAACCACUUAAAGUCAAAUAAACAUUCUGAUCAAUGUGGCAUUUCCAUUCAAUUAAUUUACAAACCUGAUAGGUUCAUAGGGUUGGAGGUAUCUAUGUAGGCCACCUGGUCCAACCCCCCUGCUUGGUGCAGGACAUCCAGAGGUAAAGCAUCCCCAACAGAUGGUUGUUCAUCCUCUACAAAGACUACUUAUCAGUUGUAAGAAUGGCUUGAUGAGCCAGCCCAAAAGUGCUUAGAAUGAGGGUGCCACCUGAACAUCAUAAAACAUGGAUAGAGUUUUUGUUAGUUUUUGGCCCAUGUCCUUGCAGAUAUGGUAGGUCAGUGUCUAGGGUCUGGGUACCAGUCACCAUGGAACGAAGCUAACACAGUACUCUUGUAUGAGCCCAGCUGAGAUGAAUAGGAGCUGCACAAGAGCAAAACAAACCCAGAGGAGUGUUCCUAAUAUUGCCCUGCUUUGCUGUCUGGGGCAAAAUGAGACGAAUGGGCUUUGAGACACUGCGCUUGUUGCCACCUGCUGGGCGCCUCCAUUUGUAUUGUCUCAGUACUCCUAUACACUCAACAAAGUGUGCUUCCAGAUAUGGGUAAUCAAUCAAUUAAUUAAAAAAAAUUCUCUGAACUGUUAGCUGAUUAUGGAUGGGUUAAAAUCUUAAAAAGCAACAAGUUGGAACCAUUUAAAAUGCCAGCAGAAAAACCUAAUCCUAAAAAUCCCAAAUCUUCCUUCAAUAUCACCUUAACACCUAAUCACCAAUAGAUUACUCCACGAAGGUAAAAUGGUCCAGCCAUCCCUGGUCCUGUGGAUCAGCCUCAACAUUGGUAUUCUUAAUGACAACAAUCGUGGAAUUCCAUCCAGGUGAGAGAAUGUUACAGAAGGUUUAGUAAGCACAAGCAAAUUGAGUUCCACAAGUGUGGCAUGGCCACCAAAAGUGCCUAACUGUGGGCUGGUUCAUACUACACAAUCACCGCAACACAGCAUGAGGGCACUGUUGGACUCAUGACCCAGUCUGGUUGUGUGCAGGCAUAGUUUGUGUGCAUUGGUUAUUCUAUGUGCAGGCUGUUGGUCCAGGGGCCACCACCAUGGCAGUGGCACUUUGGGAGGGCUGUUAGUGCCUGGAUCAGUCCUGUGUGUGUUUAUUUUACAGAGUCAUUGCACAACUGGAGCCUUUCAGUUGAUCUUAGAGAAGUGGGAAGAGAGAAGGUUUUUUCCUUUUAGAAGAUAUUUGUUAAAUCUAUAUCCAGCCCUUCCUUCAAGGUGCUCAGAGCAGCACUUUAGCCUCACAGCCACCUGAUUGAAUUGUGGCUGAUUCUGAGCUUUAUACAGAAGCUUCUUGUGUUAUGCCCAGGCCAAAAUAUGAUAGAAUGUCAGAGAACCCCUGGGGCCCUGCUGUAAUUUAAACCACACCAGCAGACUGAGGGGUGCAGCAUUCUGUCCUAGCUCCAGCUUUUCACCAGCCUUAAAGGGCAGCCUAGAAUAGAGCACCGUGCGAAAGAAUGAGUGACAAUUGCCAUGCUUGAAUCAGAAGGAAAUGUCUGCAGCUUUCAGUAUCCCUUAUCCUAUAGAAUUCAUGGGAUCCCUUCAGUUGAGGGAGAUUCUGCAAGUAAGUGGCUGAAGCCAAAAGGGAAAAUCAGGAAACUUGGCAGAUGGAUUCCAGGUGUGUGAGUCUUUUUCACAGCCACUUGAUGAAUCUUCAUGUUGCUAUGAAAGAGCUGCACUCAGAGAGGUCAAACCAAAAUACUUCCAUAUUAAGAAAGGUGAAGUCUGAAUUUGAAAAUGUCCAGAGUGUGUGUGUGUGUGUGUGUGUGUGUGUGAUUUUGAUACACUCUGCAGAACACAGCACUGACUUAUUUCUCUAGCUGAUGACAGUUUCCAAAGCGAGGCAAUCUGACUCAUGGAAGGGUGUGGGAAUGCUGAUAAAAAAAGAAUGAGAGAUGGUAAUAGAUAUGGGGAAAUUGCAACUUCAUGGUUUUGUUAAAGCACAACAAUCUUUUCCAUGAAAUGGUAUGGAUCGCACAGGCAGCGGCGACACACAGACAGGAAGCAAGUUUGAUUAUCAUUCAGUAAGGUGCUUAUGCUGCUAUUAGUUAUGAGAAAGGAGAACUGCUGGUGAUACCACUUCUCCCAUAAAAGUGUUGUACUGGUCAGAAAGGUUUCUCCUGCCAACAUUCACUCUCCUAUACAACUUUUAAAAGAACAAGAACUCUGUCCCAUCCUGAGCAUAACCAGGAUCUGAGCAAGGCUGAAGCUGUGACUCAAUGCUUGACUACAAAAGAUGUGCCUGCAAGAGCUGUAGAAGUGCCUGUGUUUGGAGCUGAAGGUGCCGCUUUCAGCAAGUUCCAUUUAGCUCCUGAGUUUACGAAGCUAAAAAUAACAGCACUGAGAAAGCAAACCCUCCAUGUUUGGGGUUGCUUUCUGUUGCAGGGCAUGAGCAAAGAGCAAUCAUUUCUGCACAUGUGCUUGGAAGGAAUAUGACCUGUUCCCCAACAUGUGGUCCAAACCCAGAACACAUUUAACAUUCCUCCUUUCCUCUGGGGGUUGUGGUUUUCUACUGAGUAUCCGCUAACAUGGUCUACAGGGAGUGCCAGGAAAACCUUGGGCUAUGUCUUCAAUGGUACAUAGGAACAUAGGAAGCUGCCGUAUAUUGAGUCAGACCAUUGGUCUAUCUAGCUCAGUAUUGUCUACCCAGACUGGCAGCGGCUUCUUCAAGGUUGCGGUUGGUACACGCCAAACCUUUGUCCCUUCAUGAACAGGGUAUCUUUGUUCAUCACGAAUCACAAGAUGAUGAAGCAGGUGGGCAAGAGAGCAAAGAGCAUCAAUUAUGAAGCCAAACAACACAGUAAGAAAUGCAUUCAUUAAUUUUAAAUGUAAUGAAACCCUAUGAAGUCUAGUGACUACUAGGGAUGUGCAAAUCAAUUCAACUCAAAUCUGGGUGAUUUGAGGGAUUUGAAUUCAAAUAAAAUCAUCCCUUAAAAGGGCAACUAGAUUCAAAUUCGAAUUUUGAAAUUUGAUUCAAAUUUGACUCGUCCGUUUGGCACCUUUUAAAAACCAUUCAGGCCCCCUGAUUGGUUAAAAAGAGCACCAAAACGGGGUCAGAUAGAUUCAUAUUCAAUUCUAAUUCAAAAUGAAUUUGCAAAUCCGAAACUAAUUUUUGAAAUUCAAUUCAUGCACAUUCCUAGUAGCUACAGCAAUUCUAUUUUAUUUAUACAUCUUUGACUGGUAUAAUUCUACUUGGCUCCACUGGAGUUACCCUGCAGUGGAUUGCAUUCCCUAAAAAGACCAUACCUUAAGGCAACAAUCUGAACAGGCCUUGGCAUGAUCCCUCGUGUGUGUUUUGAGUGCCCCAUCUAUACAUACAAAUCAGCUUGGUUUUCAGAGGGCUUACCUCAGGUUUUAUUUAUUUAUUCAUUCCUGUCAAUACUUUUGUUGUGUUUGCAAACAAGUAGGAAAUUAUCAUGAAUUGUUUGCUCUCCCUGAAAGCUCUCCUUACAAAGAUCAGGGUAGAAAGGAGCGAUUGUGUUGGCAACAAUGUCUUAUUUUAUGCCACUCAAUGUGUGUAAGUUAAUAAGAUCAAUAAACCUUCAAACUUUGAAUUCA